UGACGAAUUCCGCCGAAAAGCCAAGCUGUAGCUAAUCCUGACAUCUAUACAUGUAUCUCUUCAAUGAUCUACUGGCAGCAACUCACAGACCCCUAUACGAGUUCUGGCUUUAAGUCAUUACCUUUGUCAAGAGGGCGUAAAAAAGAAGCCAGAGUCGUCCUUUCAGCUUGACUACUCCAGUUUGAAAUCAACCUUCAUGACUCGCGAUCAUGGACGACUUUGACCGAGUGACAUUACACUUACAAGGUCGCCCCUCACCAUGCGACUCAAUUCGCGAGGCACGAUUCCUGAGCCAGACAGGGAAGGUUAUUUGACUUGGUAUCCGUCAGCAUUCCCCGAUACACUGGUCGAAACGUGGUAUAGGAUCAACGGAUCCCUUGGACAAGCUGGAACGAGCUCCGGAGCUCGUGCCCCUGUCGUUGUUCUUCACGGUGGGCCAGGUGCAUGUCAUAACUAUCUGUUGGACUAUCUGGAGCUGUUGGGUUCUGGUAGGGCCAUUAUCAUGUACGACCAAGUAGGAUGUGGACGGUCUACACGCUUGGAGGACGACACGUAUGCAGACCUUUGGGUCAAAGAGACAUUCGUAGAGGAGCUUCAUCGACUCAUCAGGUGCUUGGGGCUGAGUCAAGUAGCAUUACUUGGCCAAUCAUGGGGCGGUGAUCUUGCCAUGUCGUACGCCUCAGCUUAUCCGGAACAUGUCACCUCCCUCGUCGUGUCGUCUGGCCUCAAUUCUGGCAAAGAUGCCGCCCAAGCCUGUAUCGGGCGAGUGGCAGAACUCCCAGCAGAGCACCAAAGUGCCAUCGAACGAGCAAUCGCGACAAGCGAAUACGAAUCGGAAGACUACACCAAGGCAUCUCAGGAAUACUAUGAUCGAUUUGUCGUCGAUGACAACACUGCGCCGGAUCAUGUCAAGUUCUCAUUCCAACAACUGUCCUCACAUGUCUACCGUCGCAUGUGGGGCCAGUCGGAAUUCGCUGCAGAUGGCAAUCUCCUACGGACUCAUAUCGAAAACAUUUGGAGGAUUACCUGUCCAACUCUGGUCAUCUAUGGGUCGCAGGAUGAGCUCGCUGCGAACCAGCCGAGACUAUACGCAGCCCUGACGGGGUGUAAGGAGAAGCACAUGGUCGUGAUACAGGGGGGAAAGCACCUGACAUGGCUCGAUGAUCCUGAUGGCUACUUCCGUAAGGGCCAUUGAGACGUUUUGGAUGCGUCAUCCAUGAGACGCGGAUCACACGUGCACUUAUGAGCGCUAUGCUUUGAGCUGACCGUUGCUAUGAAGAAAUUAGAUGCAUAUUCCUUCCGCUCAGUUUCUGAUCUCCCAGCCCUAGUAAGACCCACCGAGGCCAGGACGUCCAGGCAGCCUCGUGUGGAC